AUGGAGCAACAAGACCAAAACCUCUGGUAUCCCUUUUCAUCCGAGCUCAACUCCUCUACAUCCUCACCUGUCCUCUUCUCUUAUCCUCGCCUUUUCAACAUCUCCUCCAACAUUUCCACUCAGAGUGUCCCCUUUCAGGGCAGCAGCACUCUGAUGACCGCAGUCAUAUCCCUCACAGUCUUCGUGGUGGGUCUGACCGGCAAUACUUUGGCGAUCUAUGUGGUGCUGCGCUAUGCCAAAAUGAAAACAGUCACCAAUAUCUACAUCCUGAACCUGGCUGUGGCUGAUGAGCUGUACAUCGUCGGGCUCCCCUUUCUUACCACACAGAAUGUACUCUCCUAUUGGCCCUUUGGCUCUUUCCUGUGCCGCGUGGUCAUGACUGCAGACUCCAUGAACCAGUUUACGUCUAUCUUCUGUCUCACAGUAAUGUCCAUCGACCGUUACCUGGCUGUGGUUCAUCCAAUCCGCAGCACCAAGUGGAGACACCCCCGCAUAGCGAAGGUAGUGAGCGCAGCUGUGUGGGCCGUUUCCUUUGUGGUGGUCCUGCCAGUGGUCAUCUUCUCUGAUGUGCAGGAUACAUUUAACUCCUGCAACAUGAUCUGGCCAGAGCCGAAGGAUGUGUGGUCAACAGCCUUCAUUCUCUACACUGCCACAGUGGGUUUCUUUGGACCACUGCUCAUCAUUUGCCUCUGUUACCUUCUUAUUGUCAUCAAGGUGAAGUCCUCUGGGGCACGGGUUGGGUUCUCUAAACGCCGACGCUCAGAGCGCAAAGUGACCCGAAUGGUGGUGGUGAUUGUGGUGGUGUUUGUGCUCUGCUGGCUGCCGUUCUUCAUCAUCAAUAUGGUCAAUCUGGUGGUCAUCAUCCCAGAGUCCAGUGCCACUGCUGGCAUCUACUUCUUUGCUGUCAUCUUGUCUUAUGCCAACUCAUGUGCCAAUCCGUUUCUCUAUGGUUUCCUAUCAGACAACUUUAAACAGAGCUUCAGAAAAGUGCUGUGUGUGAGGACCAUGAGGUGCGUUGCCAAUGGUGUAGAUGAUGGUGACCCCAGUGCCCCGCGCACUGAGAAAACCACAGCACAAGACUGCAUCCUGCUGUCCCCGCGUAACCAGGUCUAUCACGAUCCCCAGAGCAGCCAGAUCUCACCUCACCCGCCGGGCUCACCAACGACUCACACUGCAGCAGACCUGCACCGCUCCACCCCUGCAUGUAAGUUUCAGUCCACUUACCCAGGAACCGGACUGGCCACUACCACAGCAGCCUCGAUGCUAAACUCUGUUGUAACUGCAGCUGAACCUCCCACAGUCACUGCCCUGACCACUAGCUCCUCCUCUGGUUAAUUAGGGCCACAUGAACAGUAGCAGACAAACUCACAGAUGAACUGAGAAGGAAAAACAUAUUUUAAGACUACAGAGGAGGAAGCCGAAGUUGGAUUAAGUGAUCAAAGUGGCAAAAUCGAUGCUUUUCUGCCUUUUUGUCA